UUCAUGUGCGCAUUGUGACAUUUGUGGCAGCAGCCACAGAUGUCAUACGCUUUACAGCUCACAGUGACCUAUAUACCCUGUUUUGAGCGAUUUGAUUGGAGGAUUGUCCGGAAAUGGCUGGAUUACUGUACCAAACGUCGCAUUUUGCCAACAUGAAGUGUACACCAGCUGGCUCAUUCCGCUAUUCUCCAGCGUGAGGCAACGUCGACAGUCCAUGAGCAGCUUUUCGCACCCAAAUCACACCGACUUCUACACCGGCAGCAGCAGCAGCGGCGGCGGGCAUUGCUACCCUAACUCCGACGGCUACUACCAGCCGCCGCCGCCCUACACCUCGUACGCCUCGUACGUGCAGCCUCCACCGCCGCAAUACUCGCACGUCCAGCCUUCACCGCAAGAAAUCCCGUACGCCGUGCCAGUGAACGCCGCGCCGAUGUCCUCUCGGGACUCAAUCGACUACUCGCGACCGCAGACUUGGCGCAACAUGCCGCAGCAGCAGGAUCGCGGGAGCAACGCAAGCACCGCCUCCGGCCUGCCGCCGAGCUUCAGGUCUGAUUCCAUGAACCGCUCUGGUCGAUCGUCCAGUAACGUCAGCGCGACGAGUCUCGACAGCUCUACCCAGCCAGCAACCUACAGCGAAGCCGCCAUGGCUGCCAACGCAUCAGUCGCCGCCGCCGCUGUCAACCCAGGAGAAAGCUUGUUUGGCGGAAAGACGAGUGCUAACCCAGGUGAGAAUCUGUUUGGCGAAAGGGCGAGUGUGUCCAGUGCGACUUCCAGCGCCACCAGAAGCAGCGUCGACGCCGCGGUGGAUACCAUGUGGGAAGCACGUCGCGCGAGGGAGAAAGCAGAGGAGGAAGCGGAUCAGAAGCUGAUAGAUGCUGUGUGCAAAGCCUCGCUGGCCGAAUUCAACGAACGCGAGCGAGCGCUUAAGAUGUAUGAGUCUGAGACGUCGCAACGAUCACUUGAACACCAGACAUCCUCUGCAACAUUGCACCAAGCCAAGACUGACGCGGAGCAACGCAAACGCGCAGCCAUGCAGACGGUGCUUGAUAGCAAGGUGCGCGCUAAAGAGAUGAGUGAGAAGGCUCGCGAGGCCACGGCGUUAUACGAGCAGAAGAACAGUGAACGUCUUGCUAAGCAGGCCGAGCUAGAGGCACUGAAGCUCCGUGAUGCACAGGAGGCCGAGCUUCUAGCUGUUCAGAAGCGCAAGGAUGAAGCCAUGCGCAAACGGACUGAGGCAGAGCAGAAGGCGCGCGAGGCUCGAGAGAAGGCGGAGGCAAUGCGGCGUCAGGCGUUCCAGGCUGCGUCCAAAGUUCGAGCGAACUCGCGCAGACAGAUCGAGACUCAGCUAAGUGAGGAAGAGGCUCUACGACAGCGCGAGAGGCAGCGUAAGCUGGAUGAAAUCGAAAAGAACAAGGAGCUAGCUCGCCAGCGGAAGGAAGAGGCUGCGAAGAAGGCAGAAGAUGCCCGUCGCCGAGCCGAAGAACUUCGUCUGAAGGCAGAGCAGGCUCGAGCUGGGCUAAAGUCGUCAACAAGCACAACACCAACAGCCUCUGCUUGAUCCAAAGAGCGUUGAAUGAGGAGGAAGAUCAAGUAGUAACAAUUCGGUAAAUAUAUUAGCGUUGACGAGCCAAGCACGCUCGGUCCAGUCG